AUGCCAACAGUAUUCAAGGAGUGGAGGCUCGAAGGCCAGAAUGGUAUCGACAAUUUAAUCUGCGGGGACGCAGAAAUGCCGACGAAGCUCAAUGAUCACGAUGUUUUGGUCAAGAUAUAUGCUGCGUCACUGAAUUACAGAGAUCUGGUCAUUGCGAAAGAUGUCAAAGGUCUCACAAUAAACCACAAUGUAGUCCCUGGCUCAGACGGUGCUGGAAUCGUCGUCUCUGUUGGGGAGCUGGUAAAGAGAUUUUCACCUGGCGACAAAGUUGUUACUCACAUGCUACCGAAUUUCCCAGAAGAUGCAUUUCCAACCAUGACGGAUAUCAGUGCUGGGUUGGGACAUGGCGUUGAUGGUACCAUUAGAGAGUUUGGUAUUUUCGAUGAAAGUGCCUUAGUUCGCAUGCCAAAGAAUUUAUCUUUCGAAGAGGCUGCUACCCUCACUUGCUCAGGGCUUACUGCCUGGAAUGCAUUGUUUUGAGCGGGAAAGACUUUGGGGAAGGAUGAUACGGUGCUCACGCAGGGUACGGGUGGCGUGUCCAUAGCGGCUUUACAGGUUCGUCAACCUUCCUGGAAAGAUGUAGUCUGAUCACUGACAUAAUGUAAU